AUGAGCUUUGUCGGCUUUGUGCCCGAGCCCAACUGCGGCUGCGGCACCAUCGGCAUCCUCUGGAACUGUCUCAGCACCAUUGCCCUUUGCGCGUGGUCGGCGCAGCACUGGGAUUUUGAGGAUAUGAAUCACUCCUUAAACAGGACUAUAGAUCCGCUGGUCGCUCCAGAAUUUGCCGCUUGGGAUGCGUUGGGCCACCUGCACGCGGCUCUAUAUAUUUUGGGAUCUGUUCGUCAAUUUCUUGGCUUUGAGGGCUGGAGUUUGAAAAAGUCGUUUCUCGUAACCGAUUUGGGCGUCAAGAUACGCGGCGACCCUCCCUUAUCUCUCAACGACAUGGAAGUGACUUUUCCUGCCGCCAUUCAGCUCCACGGCUUGAAAAUCGAGGGUUUCCCAGACGAUCGUAGGAUAGACGGGAGAAGCCAGAAAGACGCAAUUGGCAAGACACUGGUGCUCAUGCAGACAAUCUGGUUCCUCGCCAACGUCCUGGAUAGGCUCGGCCAUAUACGCCGGGGCAUGGAAUUAUACAUUUCCGACGGCACGGCCGAGGACGUGAUAAGCAUCACGGCGGGGGUAGUUAUUGUGAUCGUCCGGACCGUCUUCCUGGUUCAGAGCUUUGUUGUACUUCGCCGGGCACCAGAAGCGAUUUACGCCAAGACGCAGUGGUCGAGUUACUGGGCACAUCUGGGCAGCUAA